GGCUGCCCCCAAGAUCGUGGCAGCAAACACAACAUAGUCCCACACUGAGAACGUGUCCACAGGACCACCUGUACCAACCAUGGUUGAAACUGAUUGGAAUAAAGAACAUAAGUUAACAUGGAGACGACUGUGUUCAACUGCUGGCUCCUUUUUCUGCUGUUCAGCCCAACUGUUCCCAUGUGUUUACCCACAGACUUCACACUGUAUGUGGAGAAGCCCGAGUGUGACUUCUGUGUGGCGAUCAACACGACGAGCUGCAUGGGAUUCUGCCACUCAUGGGAACGCAACUUGAAGGAUAGCUUUGGCCCACGCGUCGUCCAGAGAGGCUGCACCUAUGACGAGGUGGCGUACCGCACGGUCGUGCUGCCUGGCUGUCCCGUCAACGCCAACCCUGUCUUCACCUACCCUGUGGCCCUCAGCUGCCACUGUGGCACCUGCAGGACCGACAGCGACGAGUGCGCACGCAGAGCCACCGUGGACAGACCGAGGUGCACCAAACCAGUCAGGCGUGUCUACCCGUUCCUCGGCCAGAGUGACUAUAUGUUCCCUUUGUGAUUGUUUUAUUUCCUUUGAAUGUGUCACUGAAAUGACAAAGCUGUAACCAUAUGAUCCAUGAAUGUUCUGGGAAAAACCCCAUCAUCCUUUAGCUUGUGAUGGCUACAGUCAUGCCUGCACUGUGUUUACUGUCACCUAUUGUACCAGCUGGUUUUAUUGUGCCUGUGUAGCUCAGUGUGUCUGGGCUGCAGCUCUGCUUCUCAGUUUACUGCGGGGAUUAUUCCUGGUGCAUA